AUGGUUGCCAUUUCGUUGCCAACAGUAAUUGGAAACUUUGAGGGUGAAAUUAGUCAUGUGGUAGUAGCUGGGAAUGAAACGUUAACUUUCAUUAAACCAUUCCAAUGGCAAGAAGAAAAAAAGAGGAUCUCCCUAAAACUGCACAGUUUGGCGCAGUCAUUAAAGAAAUUCCAGUCAUUGUCGGCGGUGAAAUCUGGAGAGGUAUAUAUCGCGAAUGUAAAAGGUUCACUGGAACGGUCAUACAUUAUCCGAAGACCAACGCCAGAUACAUAUUCCAUUUAUCUCAUUGACAAAGGCAUGCAAUGUGAAGCACAAUUCGAUGAUAUUUAUGAAUUACCUCCAGAAUUACUGGAUUUUGCAUUGUUCAGUUGCGUUUGUCCCGUCUUCGUACCAUUCGCUGAACAACUCAAUAUCUAUAAAGCUUUCGUUGGACACAAGUGCAAAUGCGAAGUGGAAACUGUAUCAAGAUCGUUUGUGGUGUUGGGGUAUGUCCGUGGUCGAUUACUGGUUGAAAAUGGUGACCUUUAUGAAGAUUUGCAAGACAUUGUUUCUGGAAGGCUGGCAAACAAUAACCUGGACAAUUUCGCUAAAGGAUCCGUCAGGUUUGAAAUAUCUGAAAGAAGCACAAUUUUGUGGACAACCAGUGGACAAAUGGAUGACUGUUCCAAUAGCGAACUGACUUGCCGUUGCUCUUCUACGGAAAAAGUUACGCGAAGGACACGAAUCGUUGGCCGUGCUCCUUGUAGAAGAAGUUCUAUCGCGUCAAAAAAAAUCAAAUACGGUCAGCAAUAUGGCAGUCAUAUGAAUACUGAAUUGUGUAUUGAAUAUGACACAAUAAAGGUCCAAGCACUAUUCACACAAACAGCGUUCAAACAGUACAAACCUGACGCAAUUCCAGCAACAAUAAGUGUCCGCUUCGAUAAAAGAGAUCGGGCAUUGGGCAGAUUUUGGGUUGUCAACAAGAGUAUAUUUUCAACUAUUGAACGGAUAUUGAAGGAAAGUGCUGAAAGGAUAACUGGAUUUCCACUGCUACGUCAAAGAUUAGAUGAUGUUCCGAUAAGAGAAAUACCAUGUAUUGUGCGUACUCGAGCCGAAAGUGCUUAUAAAGCUUUCUACCGUGCAGUUGCUUCUCGGUUCGAUGCACGCACAAAGAGAUUUUCAAUUUUUCUAGUGGAUUUUGGUUGGUUCAAAUGGGUGCUGGCUAAGGAUGUUAUCGAUAUAUCCGCCAUGGAUAAAUCUAAUCCAAUUCGAAAUCUGCCGGUAGCAAUGAUACAUUGUCAAGAGGAUGUGACCAGUGUACUACAUGCCAAAGACCUUUCGAAGGGAGCAAAUUGCUACAUGAGGGUGAAUGAAUAUCCGAUUCAGGAUGUAUAUUUAGUUGAUUUAUUGGAAACUGGCAGGACUAUGAACGAUAUGCUGACUGGCAGUAUGGGAGAGACUGAAGGGACCUCAUCAAGCAACAAGUCGUCCAGUGAAACCUGUGAGUUAAUAGCAUCGAUGAUGUUAGGAACGUUGAACAAUGCAAACCAUGAUGUGGCUGCACAAACUCAACAUACUUGGCCCAUUUGUCCUCCACCAUUUUCGAUGAUAGUGCCAGUAGCCUUGCCAAUGAUGGUGUCAGUACCAGUUCCGAACGCAGAUUUACUGUCUACUGGACAUGAACAGACUUCGAAGCUUCAAAAUUCACAAACGAAGAAUAUAGAGAAUACCUAUAUUCCUCAAAAUAAUAUUAAAUAUUCGGCAUGUUACCGAAAUUAUAUCGAUCAAAGGUUUCCGGGAAGUAAUUCGCAAAAUAUACAGAGAGAAGGGUAUGGCAGCGAUUUAUCGAUCAGAAAUAACGUCAGUUUUACAUCAGGAGACAGAGCAGGAAAUUCUUUUGAUGGAGGUAAUGGUGGUUCAAAGUUUGCAAAGGGUCAUCAUAUGUUGCGAAAAAAUUUCGACAGUAAUUCAUACAGGGUGAGAUUAACGAAUUGGGAAAAGGCUGUCGGUGCAGACCGUGCAAUUCGAACAAAAGGUUCUGCUACUGGAGAACAAGCAACCUCUCAUGUAGAUGAUGAAUCAAAUCAGCUUAUAUGA